AAAUCGCUUUUCCUGACAACGUCACUCACAGUGAGAUGAAAGUGAAACACGAUGACAUUUCGAUAUAUUUUUAAACUUUGUUGCGUUUAUUUCUAUUUAAUAUCCACGCCGGGAGUAUGUACUUUGGAAACGACAAACCGUCAGAUCAGCGUGGUCUUGUUUUUCGCAGACAGCGGCAAAAUUCCCAGUUCGAUAGCAGGAAUAAAGUUUUUGGAAAUGCAGGAGAUGGCGAGAGUUAAACAUAGCUUCCCAUCUACUCGAGAUAUCCAUUCAUACAUAGCGCAGAGAAACACGAUGAACUGUAAGGAACUUCUACGAGAAGGUUUGGAGUCUUUGACGCACUUUUGUCAGAACGCCCUUGGAAUGAAAACUGCCACCGUUUCGGUUUCAUCGAAGGUAUCAACAAACAAUAUAAUUAACGGAGAGUCCGAAAUUCCACUACAAAUGAAGCACCCAGUCAUGCAAAGAGGUACUCGCAAAUUUCGGAGAAGUAAGGACUCAGACGGCAUUUUGCCCACAAUGUCAAAAAUCAAGAAAGUAUUAGAAAAAGAUAUCAUCACCAGUCCCGAACAUACAGAAGUUUUCAAUAUAAGAGUCAAAAGAGAUGGUGCGGAUUACGGAACUGAAAAUAAAGUGGGAGAAAUCGCAGAUGUUCCUCUUGGCAGAGAGAAGACUAAACCACCAUGGGAUGUUCUUGAUGUGAUGUCGCAUGUUAAAUUUUCGUUUUUCGGCAAUUUAUUCGAGGAUGAAAAAAAAAAGAAGCUCUCAAAAGAAGAGAACGAAAUCCUGAGCAACUUCAUCGGUCAAAAGAAGCAAGACCCUGGUCUAUUUGAAUCAGUAAGAUCCACCCUGAAUACGCUCCAAGAAACUCCGGGAGAACCCUUUCUUUUCAUCAUCUUCGGUGGACAUCUUUCAGAAAUAUGCGACAGACAUAGCCCGCUGAUUCAAAGCCUGAAACACAUCAUUGAAUCCACCGAUCCAAAAACCACUCUCAUCGUUUUGACCGGAGCUUGCCCUGAAGGCAAGUGCGACAAAAUGGAACACGAUAGUACUGUUGUGAUUAAGGAGAGUGUCAAUUCCGAAUUGGCGAAAGAUGAAAAGAAUUCAGUUUUACCCGUAUAUGCUAGGGGUAAGAAAUAA